CGUGCAUCCCAAGAGAAUAUCGAUUUGGAAAUGGACUAAAAUACAACUGGAUUAAAGACUCAGCUGUUCAAGUCCAAGUGUAGUCAUGCAGGAGAACCCGGGCUCUAUAGGUGUGGAUGGGGGAUACGCCAGCAAUGUACCUGCUUUCCUUACUAAACUCUGGACUCUUGUGGAAGACCCAGAGACCAAUCAUCUGAUUUGCUGGAGUGCUACGGGCACCAGCUUCCAUGUUUUUGACCAAGGCAGAUUUGCCAAAGAGGUCCUGCCCAAAUACUUCAAACACAAUAACAUGGCAAGCUUUGUACGCCAGCUCAACAUGUACGGCUUCAGGAAGGUGGUGAAUAUUGAGCAGAGUGGGCUGGUGAAGCCCGAGCGAGAUGACACCGAGUUCCAGCACCUCUAUUUCCUCCAGGGCCACGAGCAUCUGCUCGAGCACAUUAAGCGCAAGGUGUCAAUAGUGAAGAGCGAAGAGACCAAAGUUCGGCAGGAGGACUUGAGUAAGCUGUUGUAUGAGGUGCAGGUGCUUCGUAGCCAACAAGAGAACAUGGAGAUGCAGAUGCAGGAUAUGAAACAGCAGAAUGACGUUCUCUGGAGAGAGGUGGUGUCAUUGAGGCAGAAUCACACACAGCAGCAGAAAGUCACGAAUAAGCUGAUUCAAUUCCUGUUUAGCCAGAUGCAGGCCAACGCUCCCAGCACUGUGGGAAUGAAGAGAAAGCUUCCUCUCAUGCUGGAUGACGGCUGCUCCACCCCUUCUGCCUCAAAAUUCAGCCAUAGCCACUCCACUGAGUCCUUGCAAGAAUCGUUCUAUAUCCAGUCGCCAUCCACAGAAAGUGCAUCCUGCUCCACUAGCAAUGUGAUGACAAGAGGGCCAGUAAUCUCUGAUGUCACUGAAAUCUCACAGUCCAGCACCAUGGCUUUACAAAUGCAGGCAGAGGAUACUAGAGAAAAGUGUCUGAUGCUGAUUAAGGAAGAGCCGGUGAGUCCUGGGGUGCAGGGACGAGGAGAGAGUGUACCACUUGGCUCCUGUGAGGUGUGUGCUGAACCCCCCGUCCUCCCUGUUGCCAUGGUACAGUCCGUCCUAGAGGGCAAAGGAACUAAUUUGGGAGAGAGAAGGGCCAAAAGACCAAUGCUGGAGAGACCAGAGAUUCCUGACGGUGUGGAGAAUGUUGACAUGAGCCUGGAGGAUUUACAGCUGCUUCUGAGGAGUCACCAGCAGAGCAUGGAAACCAGUGCUGCAGCAAUCGAUCCCUUCACAUUUAGUCUGUCUUUGAACGAGUGGAACUUUUCAGAAAUGGACCCAAACCUGAAAUCAGAGCUGGCUAAUGCCCUCAUCCCUGCUGCUGUGUCCCAGUGUAUUUUUCAGGGUCAGGACGGGGAGACGUACCCCACUGCUGGCUAUGAGGAGCAGUGA